CUUUUCCGCCAUCAACAAGACAAAGGUUGCUUACGCGGUUUGUGUUGUAUUUGGAGUGUUUUCGUGGACGCGUCUAGGAAAAAAAAAAUCGCGUUUCAUGUGAGCCCCGCCGGUAGUGAACGCGUCCCGCCUGUGCGACACCAGCGAACGAAGAAGCAUCCGCCUGCAUAUCCGCAGUCGCGUGAACCGGCGGCGUUCUUUUUUUUUUGAGCCGGAAGAAAAACCCAGCGACAUUCGCGCAAGCAUGGCGGACAAUCCCGUCGAGAACGGCGACGCCGAGGCGCAAGAGAACGGCGAUCACCAGCACGAUUCCACCGGCGGCGAGCUGCUCGACGAAAGUUUGGGCGACGAGCACAGCCUGGACGACCCCGAGCUCGAGGCGAUCAAGGCCCGCGUGCGCGAAAUGGAGGAAGAGGCCGAGAAACUGAAGCAAAUGCAAAGCGAGGUCGAGAAACAGAUGAGCAUCAGCCCGCCCGGCGGCUCGCUAGGCCUAACGCUCGAAGAGAAGAUCGAGGUUGACGCGCGCUCCAUCUACGUCGGCAACGUCGACUACGGCGCGACGGCCGAGGAACUGGAGCAGCACUUCCACGGCUGCGGCUCCAUCAACCGGGUGACCAUCCUGUGCGACAAGUUCUCGGGACACCCGAAGGGAUUCGCCUACAUCGAGUUCACGGACAAGGACUCGAUACAGACGGCCAUGGCCCUCGACGAAUCGCUGUUCCGCGGCCGCCAGAUCAAGGUGAUGACCAAGCGCACCAACCGACCGGGAAUCAGCUCGACGAACAGGCCGCCGCGCGGUCGUUUCCGGAGGCCUGGACGCGGCAUGUACUACGGAGGCGGCGGCGGCGGCGGUGGUUACCGCUUCCCCCGGCGCGCCUACCGACCGCGCAGGGCGUCGUGGUUCUAUCCGUACUAGAAAAAGAAAAGGGGCCGCGCUUUUUGCAUGUUCCGAUCCCGUUUCUUUCUAUUCUGCUUUGUUUCCCUCUUGCCCUUUCCCCUUCGCC